AUGACUGCCUCAAAUAAAUUUCUCAAACACUUUCGUGAUCUGCAAGCUGGUGAGAGUGAAAAGGCAGGCGCCGCCGAAACGCUUGCAUAUCUAAACGGAGAACUUUCCUUCGUAGAAUAUGAGAAACGUGUUCGGGAAGUCAAUACGGAUUAUUCGAAUGUAUCUGUUGGUAAAGUUCUUGAUACUCGUGAAGCUGAAAUCGUCGACAUUGACCAAAUGAUUGAUGAACUGAGCGAUAUUGAUGAUUUGAGUGGAUUAAGUAGUAGUACAAGUGAAGAUUCGUUAGAAUCUCAAUCGGAAGGGCAAGCUGCAAAGAAAAAGAAGACUGACAGUGAAUCCAAAGGAAAACGUCGUCGCCGAAAGAAAACUCAAGAAUCAGAUGAAGACGAUGAUGAGUCGAAUGAUGAUAGUGAAGACAAGACAAUGGAUCCAACUGAAAUGCGAAAUAAAAUUGUCCGGCAUCUGGAAGAAAUGCGUUUAGCUAAUCAGAAAAGAAAACGAAAACGAUCCGAUAAAUCCAAACGUUCAAUAACUCGAAAACAACCAGUAACAACAACAGAAAAAGUGCACAAAAGUCGUCUAAAUCAAGAAUACCAAGCAUUAAUGGGCGAAGCUAAUAUGGCAUAUGUUCACGGUGAUAUUCCUAAAGCCAUACGUAUAUGUCAAGAAGUGAUUACCAAUGUUCCUAAUGCCGCUGAACCAUAUUUGACGAUUGCCCGAAUCUACGAAGAUCAAAAUGAACACGAAAAGGCCUUCGAGAUGAACUUUGUUGCAGCUCAUUGUCAACGGUCGAAAGAUUUAUGGGCUCGGAUGCUAGCAGAAUGUCAGCAACGACAGGCAAAUGAUUUGAUAACGACUUGUUACAACAAUAUUGUUAAACUUGAUCCAAUGGAUAUCGAUAUGCAUCUAAGUCGUAUUGCUCAUGUUGAAACACACGGCACUCGAAAACUUUAUCUGAAUAGUUUACAAGCAUUGCUCAUGGCUUUACAUCCAUCCGAAGUUCCGGAACAAAAAGCGCUAUAUUUAGAAAAAUAUCGAAUUCUUUUACAAGCAAUCUUGGCGUCUGAACGAAAAGAUACACAUCUACAAACGCUGUUCUACAAAGGACUCAACGAUCUUGGCACUGAUUUCCCGUCUGAAUAUAUUGAACGUUUAUUACAAAUGGAGUACAAUUCAAAAUUAUAUCCCGAAUUGCUCAAAAAUAUGAUCAACUUUACGGGUGUUCGAUUAUCAAAGUAUCAGACGGAAUUAGAAUUACCUGUUGAUACAACCGAUCUCGAUGAUUUGAAAGAUGCAGAUUUUUCUUUACCAGAAUUCUAUCGAACAGAUUACUAUGGUAUGUUUCUUGUUGCCAUUAUUGAUCUUAAUUGUUCGGCUGUAGCAUUGCGUCUAUUGCCAGCGUAUAAAUCGAAUGUUCGCUCAACCGAUCAAUCUUUGUGUCUUGAUGUUAUGUCAGCAUUUGCAUCAGCCGAUCAUUUGAUAGAAGCAUGUCAAUUAUUUGAACACCUUUCAUCUCUAUCGAAAUUAUCUGCCCAAUCUUGGUUCCAAUAUUCCGAAUGGUUAAUAGCAUUAUCGAAGUUUCACGAAGCGUACGAAGCAUUAGAACAAACAUUAAGACUUGAACCGCAAUAUAAUGAAGCACGUUUAUCGUUAUCAGCAUUACAAAAACAGAUUGGAAUGAAUGAACAAAGUCAACAUACCUUAGCCGAAAUCGUUAGUCGACCAAUCAAACAGGAAUCAAACGAAACAAACGAUUUUAAUGAUCAAAAUGAUGAUGACAAAGAGCAACAAGAAGUUACAAAGGAAAAAAUUCAUUUAUUAGUGGAACGUUGUAUCACCCUCUAUGAUCAAAAUCGGCUGACAUCGUUCAUUCCAGAUGCGAUGCGACUAUUUUUUGGUUCUAUUAAAUAUCUUCUCACACUUGAUUGUUCGAAACGUUUGAUCAAUUGUGGAACACGUGCACGUCGAUUGGAAUUAAUACAAAAACUAGUCGAUGAGAAACGUAUCAUCUUGAAUCCAUCAUACACCAGAAUUGAUACUGUUCUAAAGAAUCGAAUUAUUGAUAUUUAUGGUAAAUUCUGUGAUGUACUCAUCCAUAUUAAACGGCAUGAUCUACUUCUAAGAGUGACUGCCGCAGGAACAGUGAUUCCGUUUCUAUACGCUAGAAUUGAUUGGCUUGUGUUGACAGAGUUUCUUCUAUUCAUUAGUUUAAUGUUACAACAAAAUGGUGAUCUGGCUUUUCAGACAUGCCGAGAAAUUUUUCGUUGCUAUUCGAAGUCUUCUGUUAUACAAAACCUCUUUGCUCUAACAGCAACCAUUACACCCAGUGUUCGAUUACAAAAGUUUUGCGUUCGCUCAUUACAAAAACGACCUAAUUCACCAAUUCUCCAUCACAUGGUUGGUAACUUCGCUUUAAUUGGUGGUACUUAUCGUUUAGCUAUUAUUCAUUACAUGAAAUUAUUUCGGUUGACACCAGAUGAACCUCUCGUAUCAUUGUUAUUAGCUAUUUCGUUUGUACAUGUCGCUUGUCAAAAAUACGCUUAUUCGAGACAUCAACGCGUUCUUCACGCACUUGCUUUCCUUAAACAAUACCGAAAUUUACGUGGUGAAUGUACAGAAACAUAUUAUAAUAUUGGUCGUCUAAUGCAUUUUCUUUCAUUACACUAUGCUGCAGCGUAUUUUUAUCAUAAAUGUUUAGAAACUGAAUCGCCCAUCGUUGACGAACAUGAUAUCUACGGAAUGAAGUAUCAAGCAGCAUACAAUCUUGCUUUGAUUUACAAAGCGAGUAAAAAUGAAAAAUUUGCUCGGCAUAUUAUACGAACAUACAUGACUCUGUAA